AUGGAAAUAGAGCAAGAUAAUAUAAUUAAUUCUGUUAUUAAAUUGAUAAAGUAAAGCGAGAUUAAAGAAGCUAUAAAAUAUCUAUUAUAAAUAGAAUAGGUCAACUAAAACGAUUUAGAAAGCUUCUUAGAUAGCCAAAUAUUAAUCCCAAUUUUUUCGUAUUAUAUAUAAAAGGAUGAUAUCUUAGAUAAACAUGAUAGAGAAGAUCAAAUAUAAUAGUAUUACAGUCUUCUCUCUUUAAUAGAUAGAUUAAUAUUGAUAGAUGAUUAGAGAAUAAACCGCAUAAUUAUGAAAUGCAAUAUCAAAGAGUUAAUGAGCAAACUAGUUGCAAUAAAGGAUCCUAAUUUUAGUGUUAGUGUAUUUUCUUCAUUAUCAUAAUUAGCUAAAUAAACGCCUGAGCUAUUUUCUACAUAAUUUAUCUAUUAACUUUAGCGCUCUUUACUUGAAAAAUGUUCAAACUCUUCCUAAAGACUAGAAUACUUCUUUUAUAUCUUUUAUAAUUUAAAAGAUCAAUCUCCUAAGUACAAAAUAGAUGCUUAUUUCUAUACUAAUUUCUUAAAAAUGUAAUUUCAAAGCAUCAAGUUGACUAAACAAAGUAUAAAGUAUGUAUUGUCAACGUUAUAGCACUUACUCAAAGAAUAAGAAAAUUCUGAAAGUAAUACAUUUAAAAAUAUUUUUGAAGUUGUUGCAGGAUUUAUGUUUCCCAGAUUAUCACUUGACUAUAAUAUUUGCAAUGCUAAUUUUGAAGAAUGCGACUAAAACAUUUAAUUUGAAUUCUUUUAGUUAAUAAAAUUAUUUAUGAUUUACUGUCAAAACUCUGCUACUCUAUUUAUCUCUAAAAACAUUUCUGAAAUCCGAAAUGUAAUUACUGAUAUAAAAAUUAAAAAUUAAUCAAUCGCUAACGUUUGCCUAGUGUUAGAAUUAAUAAAUGAAGCAAUUAGCAGUCAAAAUGAAUACUCUCUUCUGAUUAUUGAUAACUUACUGAGUUGGGAAAAAUUCUAAAAUGUUUUAGACGACUUAACAUUUUAGAAUAAGAAGGAUUAAAAAGAUGAAUUUAUAAUAAGAAAAAUAAAAUAAGUUAUUUGUGACAUUUUAGUAAAUAUGCUAAAUAAAAGUUAGGAACAUAUCAUAGAUUAUUUUAUAAAUGAAUUUCUAAUCGGAUAGCUUGUUGAUUUGUCUACUUAUCUAGAUAGCAAACGUAGACAAACAGGUAUAGAGGCAUUAGUAAAAGUACUCACUUACUUAAUGCAUCAAUAACCAGAAAAAUUUAUAAUUGAUUUAAAUAAUUAAGAAAAAAAUUAAGAUAAAAGCGAUUUAGAUUACUUAUUUCCUCAGUACAAAAGUGGCAAAAUUAUUUUAAAUUCAUUGGCAGAUUUGUUUGAAAUGACAUAAUUGCCUUACGAUGCAAAUAAAGUUAUCCCAUCAUAUUAUUUCGAAAUGCAGAAAUUGUCAAACAAAGUAAAAAAUAAACUUUAUAAGAAAUUUGGAGAUAAAUUACCUAAAUCCCUAAGAGGAUAAGUAAAUUAAUAUAAUUAAAGUAACAAUUAAAAACUUAAGAAAGUUAAUAUUUAAGAAAACUAAGACGAAUGGGAGGAUGUUUCAGAAGAUAGCUAAGAAGCAAUUAACAAUCUUCAUGCAAUUAUAGUUGAUUAGUUUAAUUUACAAACAAAGUAAUCAGAUGAAAGUUAUGAAGAGUGA